AAAAGCGGAGGUUCCGGCUCCGCCCCCUCAUUAAUAAUGUCCCUCUUUCGUCACGCAGGACCGCCCACUCGGGCUGCGCUGUAGCCCUGUGCGCUCCGUACGUCUCGGCUUCGGCGCUGCGAGUGCUCUGCGCUCAUUGUGACACGAACGCGACAAUUCUACAUUUUAACAUCUCUCUUCAUUUUAUUCGAUGCGAGGCUGUCGACAGUAACCAUGGACACGUCGCGAGGAUCGAUCCGAGACGUGGAAACAGCUCCAGUUCGUACCUUCGACGCAGGGGAGUAUAACCCAAGUUGUAAGAGGCGGCGAACAGUGGAGGACUUUAACCAGUUCUGCACGUUUGUGUUGGCCUAUGCAGGUUAUAUUCCCUACCCCGAAGAGGAGCCUUCACUCAGGAGCCAGUCGAGUCCACCAAACAGCACGGGCAGCACAGCAGAUAGUGAUGGCUGGGAGAUGCCGCACCACAGGCUCCCCCUCACCAGCGACAUACCUCGGCCCAGAGACCUCAAGAGCUAUACUGGCCCAAAAGGAGCUGUUGAACGUCUGGAAACUCUGAAGCACUCAAAACCAACAGGCCUCCACCUUGAUGAGAGGAGGAAGGUAGAGAAGGUCAAGAGAAAGAAGAAAAAGAAGAAACUUAAGUAUCGAACAGAGGAGAAAUCGAUUGAUCUCUCUCCCGCAUACCGAGUAAUCAAGGAGGAGCCACAGGAUUUCCUCAGCAUCUGUAGCCCGUCCUUGGAUGUGUCAGGCUCUCCUGCAGAGACUCUGGACCCCACCCCUGCCUGCAAGGAGGAGCAGGGCACAGAGCAGCCAUGCUGGGAGCCAAAAGGGGAGUCGGUGGUCCUGAAGGUAGAGGGCACCCCCAGGAAGAGGACAGUGAUCCGGCUUGGCAAGCAGGUGGUGUUCAGGGAUGAGGACGGUUCUGGAGAUGAUGAGGAUAUUAUGGUGGAUUCAGAUGAUGACUCCUGGGACCUAGUCACAUGCUUCUGUAUGAAGCCUUUUGCUGGACGGGCCAUGAUUGAGUGCAAUCAGUGCAGUACCUGGAUCCACCUGUCCUGUGCCAAAAUUCGCAAAUCCAAUGUCCCAGAGACUUACACCUGCCAGAGGUGCAAGGACUCCAAGUUUGACAUUCGUCGGUCCAGUCGUUCUAGAACGGGGUCCAGGAGGCACCUCUUGGACUGAUCACUGCCCUUCUUCCCAAAGGAACAAGUCUCCGGCACAUCUGAAAACCUCCUUUCUCCCAAAAUGUCCAACCGCAUGGCAAUCAGAGCACCAACAAACAAAAUAAUUGUAGGUGAAUGGAGACGGACUUCUUCAGGGUUAUACGACCAGAGACAACUUUUCAAAACUGGUACAUUAGGCAGUAUUUUCAUUGAACUGAAACGGUGCACUUUUUAAAAUGAGGGGAAACAUUCUUUUCCUGGACUGUUCUUGGAAAUGCCCAGGUGUAUCUACAGCUUUCGAAGAUAUUCCUGCAGUUAAUUUACUUCUGAAAUAGCCCAUGUUUCUUUAUGUAGCGGCUAUCUCUUUUUUAUAUUAAGCAUUAGCCCAAUUUUGGACAAGUAUUCUGCCAUUCUGUUGUGCUUUCGUACCUAGAAGCUGUAAAAGGAGAACUUACUGUUGAGUAUCAUUUUUUUUCUUGUGGAUUUUUGAAGUUUACACAUUUCUUGACUCUACAUGUUUAAAUGUGUAGGUAAGUUGAGUGGGGAGCGGGUUAUUGGUAAGAACUGAUGUUGAGGUCCAUUCGCUGUGUCAUACAGAGCGUAGUUGGAUUUGAUUAAUGGGAAGGGGAUCGCAGUGUUGUCCAGCUGCCGCUUGGACGGAGCCUUGGUUUGCACCUAGUUACUGUCCAUGCAGCAUAUCCUAAUGGUCACAGCAGUCCUGUGGAGAGUAGAUUUAUACUACAUAUGAUACACAACCCAAGCACUUAAGACAUAUCCAGUUCAUGCUCAUUUAAGUUUAACUGUUUGGUAAGAAUGAUUUGUACGGUGGCUGGUCACGUCACCUAGUGCCACUAGACACUUCUGUUGAACUGCACAGUACAUAAGUGAUAUUAAACGGAGAUUACAGUUAUUUAUAGUGUACAGUACAUUGAAAAGUAGAACUUCUUUGCCUUAUUCUGUUUUUCCUCCAUUUUUGUGACACUGGAAUAUGGACAAUGGGAAAGUGUGUAACUUUGGAUUAAAUGACAUACAAGGUGGGUUGCAGAGCAACUCUCAUGUACAAUUAAUAAAACUGAUUAAGAUGCACUUCUGAGGACAGAUCUUCUGUAAGCUAAUACAGUAGUGGAUGCUAUGACGACAUAUUCUAUUAUAAUGGCCUGCCAGAGAUGCGGUCCACUUCAACACCUGAGAUUUCUGCAGUUAAGAAGAAAUGUUGGCUGUAAUUGACUUGUUUGGGGUUACUGGGGAUUUAGAGAGGACCACUUGCAUCAACCCCUUUAUUCAAGAGAAGUGCUUGUUGUAGAUACAUUGCGUCCUCCCACUUUGCUCUUUCAAAAGCAUAGGCUGAGCUGCUGCGUUUCUAACCUCUCUUUUGUAACAAAGUCCGCACCAAGAGCUGUUUUCUCUUAACAAGGGGCUUCUGGCUCUGGCUCGUGGUUCAAACGCAGUCACUAACCCACGUCUCUAGCUACUCCAGGCCAAUGUGUAAUUUCUAAUGGAAAGUUAAAUUAUUUCCCUAUAACAGGCUUGUUUUGGGUUGUUGGAUUCAAUUUUUGAAAUUGUAAAAAACGUAUUUUGCAUCUCGAGAAUUUAACUUUUCAGUUUCAGUGGCUGCGUUAUCGCUCAAUGACCUUGAUGUCUAAAUUUUAAAUUCUAAGUUCCAAACAACCACAGACUACGCUGUGAUUUUGUAAAAUUCCAUUCCCUUAAAAUGUUGUAUCGUUACACUUUACCAAAGGUUUCCCCCCCCCCCGCUCCGUUGUUUUUAUAACAUCUGGAGAAAUGUUUGGAACAGUAAGACAGCAGAGGUCGGAGUUGUCAAGUUUUCAUCUAGAGACAGAGAAGUGGGGUAAGCAAAGAAGCUGUUUCUGUGAAACUAUAUAUUGUGAAAUGUCAUAAAUAAAGAUCUAAUAAUUUUAA